UUGCAGACAUGCUGACGCUUCAAAAGUUUAUUAUUAAUGUGUUGGUUGUGUUUUUAUUCCUCGUUCAUGGUGUGUCUAAUGGCACUGAUGAAGUGUCAUUGAUGGAGGGAGAUUCAGUCACUUUAUACACUAAAACUGAAAUAAACCAAGGAGUCAGAAUUAAAUGGUAUUUUAAUGACAUUCUGAUCGGUCGAAUCAGUGGAGAUCAGAGUAAGACCUGUACAGAUGUUCAGUGUAAUAAUGGCACUGAUGGGAGAUUCAGAGACAGACUGAAGCUGGAUCAUCACACUGGAUCUCUGACCAUCAUGAACAUCACAACUGAACAUGCUGGAGAUUAUAAACUAAAGUUCAGCAGCAGCAGCAGCGGAAAGAUCUUCAAAGUUGCUGUUCAUGGUGUUUCUGCUGAACGGGUUCAAAUGAAGAGAAAGACUGUGAAGGGAGGAGAAGCUGUUACUUUAGAGACUCCUGUAGAAAAACACUCAAAUAGUGUGAUGACGUGGUAUUUUAAUGACACUCUCAUCGCUGAAUUCACUGGAGAUCAGAGUCAGAUCUGUACAGAUGUUCAGUGUAAAGAGAGAUUCAGAGGCAGACUGAAGCUGGAUCAUCAGACUGGAUCUCUGACCAUCACAAACACCAGAACCACAGACUCUGGAGAAUAUAAACUACAGAUCAUCAGCAGCACCAGCAGCUUCAGUAUUAGGAGGACCAUGAGCUUCAGUGUUAAUGUCACUGGUUCAGGUCUGUCUCCAGGAGCCAUAGCAGGAAUAUGUGUUGUUGUUGUUGUUCUGCUGGCUGUAGCUUGCGGGAUUUACUAUCGCCAGAGGAACUCAGGAAGUUUAAACAUGGAGAAAAUUAGGCAAAACGUUCAGUAUGAAGACCUAGAAAAGAACGAGACAUUCCAAGACCUACAGGAUCAGGGUGAAGAUAAUAUGAGUGAAGAUGAUGAAUAA